UUUACUUCUUUGAGUCCUGCCUUAAGUGCCUAUUCUCCUUCCGUCCCACUAGCCUAGCUAGUCGCAGAUCUCGUUGUGCGCAAGCCACCGUCUUCUGACAACUUGAAACACAGGCAAACACUUGGUGCAGAGAUGGACAUCCUGACUGUGUUGCCGUCCAGCUUCGGCUAUGCCAUAUUUACCUACCUGUACAGUUGGAUCAUGCUGACCUACUUAGGAGUAAAAGUCGGGGCCGCCAGGAAGAAGUACGACGUCAAGUAUCCCACAAUGUACAGCGACAAGGAGCAGGUAUUCAACUGUAUCCAGAGAGCACACCAGAACACACUAGAGGUGUACGUUCAGUGGCUCGUGUUCCAGACCAUUGCGGCUCUCGUCUACCCGUUAUCAGCAUCGGUGCUGGGGGCUAUUUGGGUGACAAGCAGGUUUUCCUAUGCCUGGGGCUACUACACAGGAGAUCCGGCCAAGAGGAUGUAUGGCGCCUAUGGCUACAUUGGAUACUUUGGUGUCAUCUUUCUGUCCAUAUCUGUAGCCUUGCAAUUGCUUCGAGUCUUUUAAGACAAUUGUCAUCUUGUUUAAUCAUUUAUACUGUCUUGCGUGGACUUUUCAAAUGUGUAAACUUAAAAGUAGUUGUACAAUGCUUUGUAUACUGAUUUAAAAUGAUGAUGCUAAACAUAUUUUUGUGGACCACUAACUUGCGACUGGAUAUCUUUUCAGUCCAUCUAUUUGUUGUGAAUGUCUCUGUGUGAUCGUCAAUAAACUAAAGUCGCAUUUUCUCUAG